AUGGUUUUGGCCAAGAUAACAGACCACGGUCUUUUAAUGGACCAAACAAGCUCUGAGACCAGCAGUGCUGGCUUGUUUUGCUGCAGUCCGUCUGAGCUGGCUGACAAAAACGGUUUUGAAGAACUUUCCAGCGGUACGCUUAUCCCGUUCAAAAACAUUGUCUGGGUAGAAGGAGCUCUAAAUGAGAGCGUGGAGAUCACAUAUGUAGAGCAGCAGGAUUCGCAUUUGAAGGUCCGCACCGUUGUGGCGGAUGUAACCGGCGGAAAGCAGUCGAACGAGCCGGGAUCGAAGAGUGCUGUGUCGCAGCUGAUGGCUCUGGCGUACGCAAAUUCUGAGCCCAAGAAGUCCGUCAUUGUAUUUGUGAAUCCGCACAGCGGCAAGGGCAAGGCCAUUCAUCUGUAUGCGCACGAGGUGGAGCCUAUUUUGAGCGCUGCCCGGUACCACGUCGAGCUUGUCAAGACGGAAUACACAGGCCAUGCUACAGAAUACAUGAAACAUGUGGAUAUCAACAAGUACGACGGAGUCAUAUGUGCUUCUGGUGACGGCAUUCCGCACGAAGUGCUCAACGGCAUAUAUAGUCGCGAAGACCGCGUUCGGGCCUUUGAAAGGCUUUUUAUCGCGCAGACUCCGUGCGGAUCCGGUAACGCCAUGGCUCUCUCGUGUCUGGGCACUUUGAAGCCGGGACUGGCGACUCUGGAAAUCAUCAAGGGCCACACGGUGCGCAGCGAUCUGAUGCUUAUCUGCUCCAAGAGCGCCGGUCUGCGCGUCUCAUUCUUGAGCCAGACCUACGGCGUCAUCGCCGAGGCAGACAUAGGCACCGAGUGGAUGCGUUUCAUCGGCGAGAUUCGCUUCGAUAUUGGCGUGGCGUUCAAGAUUCUGCGCAGGAAGCAGUUUCCGUGCCGCGUGGCAGUCAAGCGGAUCACCAACGACAAACAGGAGCUCUUGGAACGUUACAAGUCACAGUACCAGCAGCAUGGUGUGACCAGACUGCUAGACGAGGACGCACUAAAGCCGAAGUAUUUUGACGGACAACUGUUUGACGACAACCAGCUACCAGCAGGCUGGGAAUGGUUGGACGACAACGUCACACAGAACUUAUCCAUAUUUUAUGCGGGAAAGCUACCGUACAUCUCCAAGGACGUGGACUUCUUCCCUGCUGCGCUGCCGAACGACGGGGCGAUCGACCUUGUGCUUUUCGACGGCCGCGCACAGGUGUGGAAGUCUGCGCACAGUCUGCUCCAGCUCGAUAAGGGAAUGCACGUUUGGCACGACCACGUGGACCAUAUGAAGGUGGAGUCGUUGAAACUGGUGCCGAUGCUCGAACAGGGCCGCACCAGCUACAUUUCCGUCGACGGAGAGAAUUUCCCCGUGGAGACGAUCCAGGUGGAGGUGCUCCUGGGCGUGAUGAAGACUGUGAUGAACGACGGCCGCUACAAAGACAGCGGAUUUUUAGCACACAUUCCUUAA